AUGCUAACCUCGGGUGACUGCCUGGCCAUGAUACAGUGUGUUAGCGUAAUCUGCCUUGUAAAUUGUGAGUCACUGGCCAUGAUUCAAGUCGCAGAUACAUUUCCGUGCUGA